AUGAUCAAAUUUUCCCCUUGCUGCGAUUGUCUCAGACUAAAUUGCUUCGCUCACAGACUAAGAAGACGGGACGAACUUGUGCAAGUUCUUCUCCUUUGGAACAAACAAUUUGACACAAAUGACAAGGGGAUAUCUCGAGAUGAUGUCGGGGCCUUUAUCCCUCUCUACUUGGAGCAAGGGGUCUUACUGAAGGAACCAUGGAAGACCAUUGAUGAGGAUGGCUUUGGUUGGUUGGUGAGACUAUCUUCUGCAGAAGCAGAAGGUCGCUCAUCGAAUCUUAACCUUUCCGUUUCUGUUUGUGGAGAGCACGGCGAGGAUCCUGAAUCCAUCAAGUUCUUUGACAGUGUUGGGUUGAACUACGUCUCAUGCUCUCUGUUCCCUUUCCCUGUGGCAAGACUUGUCAAGACACAAGUCACAAUUCUACGUCAGAAGAACAACACGGAUCCACAGGAGAAGCGAGCUUCGGGCUUUGUUCCCAAAAUUUAA